GCAUGUCCGAGCGCCUACAGUUGGAGCCUUGCUUCUGCAGUUUCGUCCUCCUCCUCCGAUCCAGCAGCAGCAGCAGACGGCGUCGAUGUGAAGUCCUCUCACCCGCGCCCCGUCCUGACUGUUAAAUGGACAGAAAAGAAUGAAGCCAAUAGCUCCAGUCCUGCAGACUCCGAAUUCAGCAUCUUCUCCACCUGGCUCUGUCGCCUCUCCUGCAGCUCAAAGGGCCUUUUCCUUAAGGCGGAAUUGUUGCCUCCAAACAGUCCUGAGGCCAUUGGUCGGCUUCCUCUGGCUACUACUGUCAGUACAUGA